ACCGCGCCAAUGCGAGCAGCGGCGGCCUUUCCCGCGAAGCCAUGGCGGACGCGCCGCCGCUGCCCUCACCCCCACCGGCGCCCGCCGGCGACGGCGAUCCCUCCACCUCCUCGGUCCCCGCGUCCGUCCCUCGCGCGCUCCCCUCCACGCUGCUCCACGUCUCCCCGCCUCCUUCCAGCGGGAGGGCCCGGGCCGCGCGCGGCGACAGGACGGUGGCGAGCGGCGGGCGAGGCGGUGGCGGGAGGAGGAAUGCCGUAGCGCAGGCUCCGGCGUCUGACGGGGCACGAGGGAGGGGGCAAGACCGGCUCGCCGAGGCGGUGAGGGUGGUCGGGAGGGACGUGGAGGCGGGGGUGGCGGCCGCCGACAUCCUGGAGCUGGCCAUGGCGAAGGGACCCAUGUUCGCGUGGCUGAGCUACUGGCCGGAGGAAGGUUUCUCCAAGAAAGACCACCCCUACUAACGCACGGCGCGUUUCCUCUGCUCAGCACCAGGACCAUGUGGGAGGAAAACUGCAGAAGAUUUGGAUGCUGCUCCGAUCUCUUUCAUGGUGUCAAAGUACUGCGUGAGCAGAACUAAAUCCAUCACAUCCUUAGCUGAAGUCCCAGGCACAUUGCCACUAAAGCCAAGCACGCUAUCUCUUAGCCCAUCAACUAUGGCUUGACGCUGCCUUGCAAUGCCAAGGCCAGAGAGAUACUUGGCUUCGGCCUCACCCUCAGCCCUUUUGAUCUGAAUGAUCUUCUCUGCCUCUGCCUUCUCAUUUGCUGCGACACGGAGUCUUGCAGCUGAAAAAAAAUGACGAGAAAAAGGUGGUUAGUACUAAACACUGGAUUGCAGUAUAUUACUGUGAUGUCAAGUGAGUGAUAUGUUUCUCUUUACAGAACCAAACUUAGGAUUUUAGAUGGAUUACUGAUUGAUAUACUGAAAUUAACAUAAUCUCUACUAACUCUUCAGAUUAAAUCGUACUAAGAGUCAAUAGAAAAUUUUCUUUAAGGUCA